AUGAGCAGUCGCUGUGGGGUGGGGGUGUGUGCGUGUGUGAGGGCCACUCGAAGGGAGGGGCCGUCGAAGGGAGGGGCCGUUGAAGGGAGGGCUGCUGAUGGGGCUGGCAGAGGCCACUCAGGACACGUUGGAGCUCCGACUCUUCCUUCCCACCCACCCAUGCCCAGUUCCUCCUCUCCCACCCCUCUCCUCAUCCCUGACCCAUCUAGCUCUUCUCCGCUCCUGCUUGCUGUUCCAUGCCCUCUUGCACCUACUUGCACACCCAUUCUGCUUGCCAAGGCACCAUCUCAGGACUAUCUCAAACGUUCCCCUAUCCCAUCUCGUUACUCCACCUGCUCCUCCUACACCUACUUUUGCCCCUCUAAUUUCCAACCUCGCAACACGGCCACACUGUUCAACAAAGCAUUCGCUUCGCCCUCCAUCCCCCCUCUCUCCCCCCCCCCCAGCUCCGCACCUGCUUCUCCUACCGCCGACGUCCGCCCCUGCAGUGCGGACGCGCUGUUCAAGGGCGACCUGCGGGGCUGCUGGGUGCCCCGUGGUGGUGCUGUUGCUCACGGACAAAGCAACGGGAGGAGGGAGGUGCGUGAUGUGAGGAAGGAGGUGGGCUAUAAAGGGUCACUGCUACUGCUCAAUGGUGCUGGCCACUGCUGCUCUUCGCUGCUGGGUGAGGAAGGUGCGUGGGUGGUAUUCAUAGUCCAGCCUAAAGCAAGCAAACAUCACUUGCCGUCACCGAUCACUCAUCGCCAGUGUUCCUCCUUCCCCUCAACCACCAACCAGCCGUGCAUAGUCGAGCCACUAACAUCCAUCCUCUGUCGCCACCACACGCACGCACUGAUCACCGAGCACUCAUCACUUCUCCCCUGUCACCCGUCCGCGCUUCCCCUGUCACCCAUCCGCCCUUCCCCUGUCACCCAUCCGCCCUUCCCCUGUCACCCAUCCGCCCUUCCCCUGUCACCCAUCCUCCCUUCCCCUGUCACCCAUCCGCCCUUCCCCUGUCACCCAUCCGCCCUACCCCUGUCACCCAUCCGCCCUUCCCCUGUCACCCAUCCGCCCUUCCCCCUUGUUGGAAUAACCGAAAGGUUAUCAUAA